ACACAGCAUAGUAAACAGUUGUCACGUGUGGUAUGUCAGAAGAGAAGCCACGCUUUCGUCGAGCUGCCCAGUAUCCAUACUUUUAUACUACAAUAAGUAUCGACGAAAAUGGAAAUAGUGUUGGGGCCCAUCACUUUCUACAAUGGAACGAAAAUGCCCAUUAUUGGGCUGGGGACCUGGCAGUCAUCUCCAGAUGAAGUGGAAAAAGCUGUUGAUGUUGCAUUACAAGCUGGAUAUCGGCACAUAGACACAGCUGCUACCUAUGGGAAUGAGGCUGCCAUUGGGAGGGCUUUACAAAAAUGGUUUGAGUCUGGAAAAAUAAAAAGGGAUGACCUGUUUAUUGUUACUAAGCUACCACCAGUGGGAAACAGGGCAGAGUGUGUUGAGAAGUACCUGAAGAAGUCUCUUGCUGCUCUGCAGCUGAAGUAUGUGGAUCUGUAUCUUAUACAUUACCCUGUUGGCCUCCAGGAAAUACAAGAUGAAAGUUUUCCGAAGGACAAGGAUGGGAAUAUUUUGUUUGAUAUGAACACGGACCAUAUCAGCCUGUGGAAGGCGAUGGAAACCCAGGUAGAUGAGGGCCGUGCUCUGUCGAUUGGUCUCUCCAACUUCAGUGCCGAGCAGAUAAAACGCAUCUGGCGGUCAGCACGGAUCAGACCAGCGAACUUGCAGGUGGAGCUCCACGUCUACCACCAGCAGCGGGAACUGCGUGCCUUCUGCCGAGCUCUGGACAUCACCAUCGUCUCGUACUUCACUCUCGGUUCUCCUCGCUACUACAGCUACAUUGAAAACCUGGGCUUGGAUGUUAGUAGAAUACCAAAACAACAUCCCCUGAGUGAUGCUGUUGUCUUGCGCAUUGCCCAGAAACACGGGAAGUCAGCUGCACAGGUACUGCUUCGGUUUGUCAUGCAGCUUGGAGUGGCCGUUAUACCGAAGAGUACUAAUCCUGAGCACAUUCAGCAAAAUUUUGAUGUUUUUGACUUUGAACUUUCUCCAGAAGACAUGUAUUCACUGGAAGCUUUGGAUAAAGGAGAACGGGGCCGACAAGUGAAUGAUGUAAUUUUUCCAGGACAAGAAAAUCAUCCCGAAUAUCCAUGGAAGUACCGCUAUUAAUGAGAUAUUGUUGUGAAAACAUUAUCCAGCAAUGAGAAGAUACUGAAAUGCAGUAGCAUCUUAAUUGGUGGUUAAUGCAUUGCAAGAGCUUUAAAUACCUAGAAAAAACAAUAGUGUAAAAUAAAUGCCUGACAGCAAUUUCCAAACAAGUGGGACAGUCCAAGGUCACGGAGACACCAAUAUUAUCAAGCAGCUGUGUGUCAAUGCAAUAUCACAUACUUCGACAGUAAGGCAUUAUAGCUCAAGCAUGAUGUCAUACGCUACAGACAAGCCUGUAGCAUUAACUCGAAGUCUGCAGUGAUAUGAUUGCACUAACAUUUUUGAUGAACAAUCAACACUGCUGAUUAAAUUUUAUUGUGGUGGCCCAUCUGAUAUAGAUGAAGUUACUGUGAAUUACAUUUUUUUAUUAUUAAAACAAAGUGCAAGGUGUUGCAUUUUCUAAAGAUAUUGUAGAAGACAUAACGUGGUGUGCUUGUUUAAUAGUUUUAUAUGUGGUGAUUUUUUUUGUAUUUCCACAGUGUUUUCAUAACUUCGAUAGAGUAAACAACAACAAAAAAUGUGCAUCUUUUAGUUGCAAAUAAGUAGCGAACCUGACAAUUCCGUUUCUCGUAAAUAGCUAGCAAACUUGGCAAUACUUCGCAAUUGCUCAAUAUGCAUGGGAAUUGGAGGUACGUCCUAAUACCCAGCUCCCCUCUCCCCCCUUUCUCCAUCUUCUCCUGCCUUCCCCCUCCCUAUAUAAAAACAAUGAUGAUGAGACUUGCCAAACAAAAGCGCUGGCAGGUCGAUAGACACACAAACAUACACACAAAAUUCAAGCUUUCGCAACAAACGGUUGCUUCAUGAAUAAGAUUUCCUCCUUAUAUAUUACAUGUAUUUAUUUAUAUACUAUAUAUAUUUAAAAAUAUAUUCAUUAGAGUACUAUAUAAAUAUUUUAAGUAAAUUGGUCAAGAAAUUUGUAAUUAUUUUGACCAACAUGUAUUGGCAAUA